AUGCCUAGACCAGCAACAAAACGCAAUCGCUUGACGGCAAAGAAAUCGGACAACUCGAAAUCGACCCAGGCGCAUGAAUUAUCGCGAAACAACGCUCUAUCCCGAGAUAUCUCCCGCUCACCACGGAACGAUGCGGUCGGUGGUUCACGAAUGGCGCAAAGCGCUGACCCGUCCGAAAUUAUACGCCAGUUGAGGAAUCAGACCCCUCUCGGAAAAUCACACGAAUUCGCAAUUGGAUCCUCGCCAGCAACGGAACAGGGAGCUACCGGAAGCCGGCCGCCUACACGGGCUAGGGGUUAUUCCUCCACCCUCUCUAUCGCUGGGCGCAAAGGCGACGCGAGCUCCAGGGUGCCAGGGACUCCUGCCUUUGAAAGCUCCAUAUUGAGCAAUUUCAGACGACGGCCCCGACAAGCGAGUAUUCUCCACAUGAUGCAGGAUGAGGAGGGGUCUUCAGAUUUCGACGACGACGAUUUCCUGGGCGGCCUGAGCCCAGAGGAUGAAUCUACGCCACUGAAUAUAUCGAGGGGCAAGUCACUUGUGCUUAGGCCCGCUGAAUCCUCCCCCGUGAAGUCGCCAUUGCCAUCUAGUGGUAAAUCAUCAAAACGGAAACGAUCGAUUGAGGCUGAAGCUCCGCCGUCGCCUUUGGCUAUAGCGAGCAGCGCCUCGGGCACGCCAGCUCCAUAUUCGGAAAUCUCAGAGAGAGAAGCUCCUGUUAACGCAGCUCCCUCUUUCGGGUCUCCAGCAGCUUUCAGCGAAACAUUGGCGCCGCCCGUCAGCAGCCCUGUCCCAGGCCUCACCCAUGACAUGUCCACGCCAGUAUCAGAUCGAACACUGUCUCGGACAGUAAAGUCUCGAAAUUCCAAAAACCGCCAGGCACCCCACGAGGAAACUUCAAUACCAACAGCAGCACUUCAAAAUAAGCUCUUGCCUCGGAGACGCCAGCGAAAAACUACACGUACGGGCGCAUCCGGCUUCGAAGUUGUUAGUGAUUCGGAUGAGGACCUCACACAGGCCGAUGAAGACGAGGAUGAAUUGAGCUUUCUCCCUUUACGAAGACGAUCCCAGACUCGGCGAAAGUCGGCCAGUAAAGCGAAGCCAAGAUCAGGUGGAAAGAAACUUGGGGCCACCAAGCAAUAUGGUGCUAGCGUUCGUGAAGAAGCAAAUAUUGACAAGGAGAAUGAGCCAGCAGAGAUGUCAUCACCCUUAUCAUCUGCACUGGAUUUCGACGCAUUCGACUCCGAUUUCCUCCUCGAGCAGGAAGCUCCAGUCAAGAAUUACCUAAGCGAAGAGUUGAGACUACAAGCUCUCAAGUUCGCCGAAGUGGACAAAUGGCAGAUGGAAUUUGAAGAUGUCAUCACCGUUCAGGACAACGGGGAAUUCAGAUAG